AUGUACAAAAAUUAUCUUUAUUUUUUUAAUAUAAUAUUUUUUUUUGUAUAUUGUUGUUAUGGAAGUAAUACUGAAAAUAAAAAAAUUUGUACUAAUGGAUAUGUACCAUUAAGAGAUAAUGAUAAAGAUAGUUUUGAUAAAUGUAUUAAUAUUAAUUAUUUAUUUACAAAAACUUGGGUGUCAUCUUUUCUUUCCUGUUCUUCAUCAGGAGGAAAAAUAAUAACUUUUGAAAAUAAAGAUGAUGUUUUGAUGGUUAAUAAAAUAAUUAAAAGAUAUAACAAAGUUAAUUAUAAAACAUCAACUUUAUUUGACAAUAUUUCAAAGUAUGGUAUAUGGUAUGGUGCUGGGCAGACAUGUCCAGGAAUGUAUAAUGAAGAAAGUCCUAUACUUCGUUAUGUUAAUGGAAGUUAUUUAUAUUUUAAAGAUAGAAAAAAAAUAAUUGAUAUUAAUAUUUAUGAAGAUUCAAAUGACAACAGUAUUACAAAUAAAGAAAAUGUUUGCCUUGUCUUAUAUUUAUCAGGAACAGGACUUAAAAAUGAACUUAAUGAACCAUAUUUUAUGUUAGAAAGAUGUACAAAAGAAAAAAUGACCAUAUGUGUAAAAGAUGUUGAAGAUAUUGAUAAAAAACAUGAAGAAAAUUCUCUAUAUACUUCAAGUAAUGAUUAUUAUAAUUCAGAUUAUAAUGAGAUUUUUUCAAUGUCAAAAAAAUAUCCAUGUGGUUUAAAUAUAUUUUGGUGUCCAAUAAAAAUAAAAGAUGAAGGAAUAAAAUGUUAUGGUGUUGUUAGGCAACCAGUUGAUUGGGAUCAUUCUAGAGAUAUUUGUUCCACUUAUUUAAAUGGUGACUUAGCUUCAUUUCAUUCUAAUAUAGAAGAAAGUCAUGUUCAGGCAAUUAUUAAAGAAGCAGAAAAAGUUUAUAAUUUUAUGACAACAGGAUUUUGGAUAGGAUUAAAUAGAAAAAAUGCUGAAAAAUCAUUAGAAUGGUCAGAUGAUUCACCAUUAAAUUACCUAGGUAGAUUUGCUUCAUUUAAUACCAUUAAAGAAGAAAAUGAACAUAAUGAUGGUAAUUGUUUUAUAAUAAAAAAAAUUUCUAAUACCACAAAAUAUGGUUGGCAUCGAAUGAGAUGUGAUUCUCAAAAUAGUUUUAUUUGUGAAAAACCUGGAUAUGGAUAUAAUACAAGUAUUUUUCAGGUUAAUUCAAAAAAAUUUGAACAUUCUUUUGAUAAUAAAGGAUGUAAUAAAGGUGAAAAAUAUUAUAAUGGAAUGUGUUAUAUUUUAUUGGGAGUUAAUAAAGAGGAUAAAAAAAAUUUUCAUGAUGCAGAUGAUGAUUGUAGAUCAAGAGAUAUGACUUUAGUAAGUAUUGUUGAUGAGUAUGAACAAAAUAUGGUUUUGUCUAUUCUUCAUAAUCUUCAAGAAGAUGUAUGGAUUGGAAUGUCUGUUACUAAAGGUAGUUUAAAAUGGUUAGAUCAAGAAUCCGUCAAAUACACCAAAUUUAGUCCAAUUAAUAAAAUUUAUAGAUCAAGUGGUGGAUCAUUUUAUUUUACAAAUGAAAAUUCAUAUGGUUUUCAUGAAGAUGGUUGUGUAUCAUUUGAUGCAUCAAAUCAUGAAGGAUUUUGGAAUGUAAUUCCAUUAAAACAUUUAAAUAUUUCAUUUAUAUCAAAAACAAAUACAAAUAUUGAAAUAAGAACAAAAAGAGAUUGUAGUAAUACAAAAUUAGGAUAUAUUUGUGAGAGAUAUGCUACAAAAGAUUAUGAUUCAAAAACAGAAAAUGAAAAUUCUGAACAACCUUUAUGUCAUACAAUGAAAGAUGAAGAUAUUAGUUUUUGUUACUUAAAAAAUAAUAAAAAGUUAAGUACUAAAAUAAAAUUUAAAGAAGCUAGUCAUUUAUGUGGUGAAAUUUUAGAUUUAGAACCUUAUCAAAAAUUAAAUAAUGAUGAAAAAAAAGUAGGAUAUCUUCCUGUACCAGAAAAUUCUUUUGAAUGGGCUUAUUUAACUAUACAUUCAGAUAUGAAUAAUUAUGAUUCAUUUUGGAUUGGUAUUCAAUAUUCAAAAGAAAAAGGAUUUGUUAGACAUGAUGGUGGUAGAAUAAAAAUGGGAAUCUGGGGUCCAGAUGAACCAAAUUUACAUAAAGGAAAUUGUGUAAUAACAAAACUUGAGGAUGAAGGACCACGUUGGUAUAUGACUAGUUGUUAUGAUGAACAUGAAACUAUUUGUAAAAUUGGAUAUAAAAAAAAGAAAAAUACAGAGAUUAAGGUAAAAUGUCCUGCAGGAAAAGAAAAUUGGAUUCUUGGGAAAACAAAAUGUUAUUAUGUUGAGGAGAAUAGUUAUAAAAGAUUUUCAUUAACUGAUAAUAAUCAUAAAUGUUAUCUUCAUUAUAAUGCUACUUUAGCUUCAUUUCCUACAAAAGAAGACUUUCAAAUAUUUACAGAAUUUGUUCAUUCAAAUAAAAAUGUUAAUGAUCGCCUAUACAUUGGUUUGAUUCGCUUAAAAUAUGGAAAAUUUGCAUGGAUUGAUGGAUCACCAAUAAAUUUUUUCAAUUGGGAUAAAAAUGAACCUUAUAAACGAGAUUCAUGGAAAUUAUCUCAUAAUCUUGAUACAAGAUGUACAGUUCUUCUUCUAUCUAAAGGUUAUGCCUGGGCUUCAGAUUUUUGUAAACGUGAUUACAAUUAUGUUUGUAGUGUAGAUGUAGUUGAUAUCAAUGAAAUAGAACCUAUUCCAGAUAGUAGUGAAAAAGAUAAUCAAACUACAGAUAAUCCAGAUGAAAAGAAAUUAUUAGAGGAUGAUAAUAAGAAAAAUGUUAAGAAUGACAAUAAAGAAGAAGAUAAAAAAGAAGCCAAAAAAACUAUUGAAAAUCACAAAGAUAAUAUUAAAUCAAUUUUUCUUUCCUUUUUAAUUCUCUUAAUUUUAACAUUAAGUGUUGGUGGUAUAUUAUAUUACCUAAAAUUACGUCAAGAUAAUUUGAAAAACCAACAAAUUUUACAAACUGUAAAUUAUAGUAUUUUAGAAAAUGAUUCAUAA